AUGUUCAUCAAGUACGCUCUUCCAAUCCUGGCUGCGGCUUCGGCCGCUCUUGCUGACUGCGGUUCCGGGGACACCAUCAAGAUCGAGAACCAGAGCGAUGCCGAUGGCUACUCUAGCUGCAAGACCCUUAAGGGUGAUGUUGAGAUCGCUAAAGGAUACACCGGCGAUCUUCAGCUCAAUGGUGUCCGGGAGAUUAGCGGUUCCCUGAGCUCUGAUGGCGCUGCCAACAUGACCGGGCUCAGUGCUUCUAGUUUGACCUCCAUCGGCGACACCUUCAAGCUAAACGGCCUCACUACGCUCACCACUCUCAGCUUCGCCCAGCUCACCAAGGUUGGCUCGAUCGAGUUCACCGCUUUGCCCCAGCUGCAGAACCUCGAUUUCAGCAAGGGCAUUAACCAGGCUGGAAGUGUGGCGAUCACCAACACUGGUCUGAGCAGCCUCAACGGAAUCUCGCUAGACACCGUCGGUAGCUUCGAUAUUACCGAGAACACCAACCUGAAGACUGUCAACGUCAACAACUUGAAGAACGCUACUUCUCUUAUCAACUUUGCUGGAAACAUGGACAGUCUUGAGAUUGAAUUCGCGAACCUUGGCACUGGACAGAACAUGACUUUCCGCAACGUUAGCUCGGUUUCCCUUCCCUCUUUGGAGAAGCUCAAGGGCCAGCUCGGCUUCUGGGGUAACAAGUUCAAGUCGUUCAGCGCCCCUAACCUGACCGAGACCAGUGACUUGAUCUUCAACGACAACAGCAAGCUUGCUAACAUCAGCAUGCCUGUGCUCAAGACCAUCAACGGUGGAUUCCAGAUUGCCCGCAAUGACAAGCUUGGCGUUAUCGACUUCCCCAGUUUGGAGACUGUCACCGGUGCCAUCGAUUUCAGCGGUGAAUUCAACGAGGCCCACCUCGACGCCCUUAAGAUUGUCAAGGGUGACUUGAAUGUGCAGAGCACCGGUAACAUCACCUGUGACCCCUUCGAUAAGAUGGCAGAGAACCAUCAAGUUAUCAAGGGUAAAAAGACCUGCAAGCCGAAACAGUCCGACCCCACCACCCGUGAUGGCAAGUCCGGUUCCACUACCUCUACCGGCAAGUCCUCUGCCACUUCUACCGGCGCUGCUUCUGCUCUGGAUGUGUCCUCUAUGCCUGCUAUGGGCCUGGCCGCUGUCUUCGGUGCCCUCGUUCAGUACGCUCUGUAA